AUGGCCCGCGGAACAGAAGUGCCAUUCACCUUGCAACUGUUCACUUGGUGGGGCCGCACGCAAUGCUUGGUUGUGUUUGCACUGUAUGGUCAGGCACCCUUCCGGACAUCGGCUUGCAUUCGUGUCGACGUUGACUCGAUCUGGCACUCUGUGUGGAUCGAGACACCAGACAUCCACCGAGAGUGCGGCACAUCCCACCCAAUCCUCAGGACAACACCGUUGGUCAGUGGGGCCUUUCCAACAGCGAAUCGCACUUGGGCGCAAGUCAAGAUGACGCGAUACAAGAUUGACGGAAUGGACUGCACGCCGUCACGGAGCAGAAUACUGGAAGAUCUCGAGACCGCGCGACAGGAACUAGUCGGGAAUAUCAGUGCUCAGCGCCCACUGAGGGAAUACAGAAGGAAUGCCGAUCUCCUCGAGUUGCUGGAGCAAAUGCCCUUGGACAAUUUGAACGAGCCUGGUUUCCAACAUACGUUGUAUGUGAAGGGUACGAGGGCUGUCAGGUCUGGAUUUAUAGAUCAUCAGCAGUCCGUGAGACUGUUCGCAACUGGGCUCAUAAUGCUCCUGGACGACGAGGAGCAUGAGCGCGAAUUGCAGGCCCAGGUUCGAGUCACCAAGCAACAUAAAGAGCUGGCCAAGAAGCAGGGCUGCCACAAGAUCCCCGCCAUGGACAUGUACACAGGCCCAUCGCACGACAUGUACGUCAAUCGACGCCGCAUCAUGCCUGGAAAAAUGACGCUUCGUGUCCGAAAGGUUGAGCGCAUGAGGUCCCGCAGGAUACCGUUCACCAGCCCGGAAUAUGUGCCAAGUUCGGGUGGCGCGAUCCACGAUGGGCCUUAUACCUGCAUCCCAAUCUACAUCGUCGGAAAUUAUGUGUGUGUGCUGGUCUUCACAUCGAAGCAGAAGACUGGAUUCUCGAGCGUUCAUGAGGACGAGCAAAGUCGUUACGUUCAAGUUGAGACCGAAGGCAGCGCAUUUCAGAAAGAUCCGAGAUCAUCCACUGUGCUCUUCGUACGAGGCAUGAAUGAGUGCGAGGGCUCGAUGCUUUGCUUGACCAAGUACUUCGUGCGCUUGGACGAGGAGAUCUUGAUCGAUUAUGUCACCAUGACCGAGGAAAGCCUGGUGCAACUGAACGACUUGAUCAUUGAGGACAAAAGCGGAAACGAUGGCAUGGCAGGCUUUCUGGAAGGUUGUGACAUCUCAGAGGCAACGGCACAGGCACACCGAGGUGUCUUGUCGAACCAGCCGGAGGAGGAUUUCGCGUUGAAGGCGAUCGAGACGACUGGUGUCAACGUCGAUCCUGUGUCGUCGCGCCAUAUCAAUGAUGGCCAUACGGUCGCUCGCCCUUCGAACCCGCCGCAGACUGUGUCGUCGCGCGAUAUCGAUGAUGGUCAUACGGUCGCUCGCCCUCCGGGCCCGCCGCAGAGUGUGUUCCAAAACGAGUAUCUCCGUGGCAGGCCUCUUGAUGGCGGGUCUCGAGCCGGGAAGCGUCCGGCUGAGGCUCCUGUCACGCAUGAGGAAGGAGGGCAGAAGAAGCGAUGUAUGGCCCAAGGGAACAGUGCCAUGCGACAGAAACCCGUUACCAACGAGUCGGCAGGUCCACGAGCUCCCGCCCUGACUUAUGGCAAAGCCACCGACGGCGCGCCAUCUACCGAGAGGUCACGGUCGAGUGCAGUGGAGCUCCAAUCUGUGGCAUCCGUCAGCACCAAGGCACCCACCAUGCGGACCGAUAUGAAGAACAAGUUCGACGGGUUGGCCGCAGGCCUGGCAGAUGUUGGCAAGCGGCGUGCCUAA